AGAGCUGCAGGGAGGUGGAGGAGGCGAUCUGAGGAGACAGGCGCGUAUUUCAUAAUCCUGGCUGCCUGGGACCGUGCGCGCUGGGCGUUUUGGAGACCAUCUGUGGAGCGCCAUCAAGUUCGGAUUGGACUCAUGGCAGAGAUGUGAACGUGACUUUUCCACUUCUUUGUUGAAUACGUGGAAAGUACAUGAGCCAUGUCCGCUCAUGGACUGCUGAGCAGUGUUUUUUCGUGCUCACUGAGCCCCAAAAGUAUUUCCAAGCGGAGACUGACUCAGACCAGGAGCCUGGACUCUGCUUUGACGCGGAACUGCGGCACAGAAGCGGAGGAAACGUCUUACGAGGGUGAUUUCACCUGGAACAGUGCGUUAGGAUAUAACGUUUCCCUGAAGGCCGUCCCCCUGCAGAGCCUGUCGGAGUUGGAGCGGGUUCGACUCCAGGAUGUUGCUUUCAGACGCCUGCUUCAGUGCCACGAUCCGGGCUGCCACAUCACCAUACCAAAAUAUGGUCACAAGCACAAGAAGUCUCUUAGGAAGAAGUUGGAUUCACUAUCUAAAGAAAAGGCAAAAGACAAAGAGACUGCCCCACAGGCGUUUGGCAUACCGUUGUCUCAUGUCAUAUCCAACGACCGCAAGCACAAGCUGCGGCACGAUCACCCAAGAGAGGAGCACAGUAACCCCAAUGAAUUGAUGCUAUCCCUCCCUCACCUGUCCUCUAGCCUGAAAAGGGUUAUCAGGGAACAGUCCAGCAGCAACUCAUCGCUCAGCUCCACAUCAGAGACCCCAAGUGAAUCGCCUCUGCAGAGCACACCAGACACAGCUCCGAGGACGUGCAGGAGGGGCGGAGUGUCUGUGGAUUGCAUCACAGACCUUGAUGAUAGCCAGUCUCGGCUUUUGGAGGCCCUUCAGCUGUCUCUCCCUGAUGACGCAACCACCAACAAAAAGAAGCAGCAGGACAAAAAGCUCAGCCUUAAUCCCAUUUACAGACAGGUGCCGAGGGUGGUUGACCUCUGCUGCCAACAUCUGGAGAAAUAUGGCUUGCAAACAGUUGGAAUUUUCCGUGUUGGGAGUUCCAAGAAGAGAGUACGGCAGCUGCGAGAGGAGUUUGAUCAAGGCUGGGAGGUAAUCAUGGAUGAGGAGCACAGUGUUCACGAUGUUGCGGCUCUGCUGAAAGAAUUCCUCCGAGACCUGCCUGAUCCACUUCUGACGAGAGAGCUCUACACAGCCUUCAUCAACACAAUAUUGUUGGAUGACUCAGACCAACAGAGUGCGAUUCAGCUCCUGAUUUUCAUGCUUCCUCCUUGUAACAGCGAUACACUACAGCGCCUCCUCUGCUUGUUGUCUACUGUGUGCACACAUGCAGACGACAGCCUUGACAGUGACGGAAAGGAGAUCCCUGGAAACAAAAUGACGUCGCUGAAUUUAGCCACCAUCUUUGGACCCAACCUGCUGCAUAAGCAAAAAAACUCAGACAAAGAGUUUGCGGUGGAGAGCUUUGCUCGUGCCGAGGAGAGCUCAGCUGUCAUCAGUGUGGUCCAAAGGAUGAUUGAUUCGUACGAGAUGCUGUUUAUGGUUCCUGCCGACCUGCAGAACGAGGUCCUGAUGAGUCUACUUGAAACCGAUCCUGACGUCGUGGACUACCUGCUGCGGAGGAAAGCCUCUCAGUACUCAGAGCCCCGCCAUCUUAGACCAGAGGACCCUCUGCCUCUUACUGAAAGAUGUUUUUCCAAUGACUCUCUGAAAGCAUCCAGCGGAGAGGUAUCUCCUUAUGACAAUAACUCCCCUGUGCUAUCAGAUCAACUGCUGUGUAAAUACUCAGGGGACAGCACACAUUCCAGAGACUCCAAAGUUAGCGCUCAUUCAAAAGACGGAUCUGGAAGCUCCUCUCCUGCUUUUUCUAUUGACAAAGAAGCUUUAACAGACUCUUUCUGGGAAACCUGGCAGGAAUUUUGUGGGAAGGAUUUUACCGGCCAUCACAUUUCUGGCUCCCUUGAAGAUGCAUCAGAAUGUGACUCAUUUGGAUCAUCAGAGGGGCUGAGCUGUCACCAAGGUAACAACAAGCUUCCCGUCAGACCAACGCAAACGUCAUUGGGUGUUUUGGAGUCCAGGCCCCACCUCCCUGUGUCUCGCAGCAGCAGCGGUCCUCAUGACCAGAGAGAGCAGAGACAGCGAGACUCAUCCUUACAUCACUCCCACUGCAGCCAAUCGGGUGCUAUUAGCUCAGACAACUUAACACAAAGGACAGGAUGCCCUGCAUGCCCUUUUCCAAUGAACAGGAUGGAUAGUUGUUCCCCAUUUCCCAGUUUCAGACCCGCAAGAGAAACGUCCAUUUCUCCCACCAUCCCCUUUGUUCCCAGCCAUCACCCUGACCUCCAAAUCUCACCACCGGCCCAGCAGAGCCUCUCUCUCCGGACUGCAGAUAAGACAGACGACUCUCGGUCUGGAGGGGAAAAGGGCGCAGAUACCUCGAACUGUCCGACAGUGGAGUGGCAUGUUUGGCAGAAGCUGCCUUCUGAAAACCAAGAACCUGUGCCUGAAACUUUAGUUUGAUGCAGCCUUCCCUGAUAGGACAAGGCCCUCUCCUGUUGAAUCCCCAUGCUGGCAUUGUUUGUAAUAUGGCCUCUAAUCAUUUAUCCUAAGAAAGAUUUUGCAUUAAUGGUCAGUUGUUUAUAUAUUUUAUAGUAACAACUCUUUAAAUGUAUUGGGUUUUAAAAAUAGAGAUUAUUUGCCACGCAGCCUUAAAAAAACUUUAUUUAAACUUGAAUGUCAAAAAUAGACUUGAAUAUUUUUUUUUAUAAUGCUGAGUGUAAAAAUACAGCUUCUCACUAUCUUAUAAAAUGUAACAUUAUAAAUGAGUUUGUUGUAGGCACAUCAUUGUAACAGAUGCAGUUUAUCCAUUGUUCUAUUUUUUUUCUCCUCCAUAAUAUUAAAACUGGAUCCUUUGUUUGGAUACAACUCACUAUCAAACACCUAUUUCACACACAUCUACGCUUUUUGCUGUUACAGUGAACUAUUCCUUUAAGUUUGUAGAGAUGGAUAUACUUAUAGAUAUAUAUUUUUGUAUCUUUUCAGUAUUUAAUAAAAUCAUGUUUUCCACUUCUAUUUUUGCUGCUAUUUAAUAAAAAAGGAAGAUUGAUCAAUUGUAAAAAUUAUUUUAGAGUCAAGUCAGUCUUUCAUUUUUUAUUUUAGCAUUCCCAGUUGAAUACGUCCCUUAUUAAACUAAACUGACAUCUGAGCUGCAAUGUCAGGAGGAUGAAACUUUUGAACUUUGUGGCUGUGUUGCUGUGGAGCUGUAAUUUUCAGCUUUAGCUUUGAAUCAAUGCUUCUCUGCCGUGUUGGAGCCGGCUCUGAGCAUCUCCUCCCUUUUCUUUGAUCCCGAUUGCUGUAUAGGGAGUUCAUUUGUUAGGCAGCCAGCACCACACACUGACUUGACCUUUGUGUGGAUGGCAAAAGGGCAGGCAUCACUCACUGCUCACACUGCGAUGCAGCCAGUGCGGAUAAACCGUCCAACCCAGAAUAGGCCAAGUAUCUGCAACACCGUUUCAGUUUAGGUUUACUUUGCCCGUUCCUAAGGAUUGUAUUAUAAUAAAAACCAACCCAGCAGGGUGGAAGGAUGGCAAGGCACAAUAAUUGUGAUAUCGUUUUGUGCAAUAUUUUAAUAAAUGCCUUUAUAGUAUGGAAACAUA